GGACGACUGUCGGCGACCGGCUGCCUGAGAACGCACAGGCGCCUCCUCCUCCCGCAACUCGCUCGGCCACAGCUCAGCCACAGCCGCAACGCAGCCGCCGCUAGCCGACGCUGACUCUGACGCUGUCGUUGACCAUUCAUGAGAGCGGCCCUGUUCACGGGGUGAUGCAGCUGCGGUGGAUCCUGUUGUUGCUGGUGCUGCCGGCGGCGGCGCUGGCGCAGGCGCGCGGCGACAGCCUGCAGGCGGCGCUGGACGCGGUGACGCGCCGCCAGAGGGACCUGACGCUGCCCGCGCGGCCCUCCGGCUACUACGCGCUCAGCCAGUACCGCCACCAGGCGGCGCCCGCCACCGACGACGACAUUGCUUUCCUCGACACCGGCAGGGACUUCACAGGUUAUGGACAACCAGAAAAUAUUGGUGCUGGCUACCAAAAGACCAUAUCUUCAGGAGCUGCACCUUACCCUGCAGUGCUGUCAGAUGUUCCAGUCCAUCCACCACCAAAUCAGUUAGAAAAUAUGCUACUUGAUUACAUGAAAGAUGCUUAUGUAAAAGAUGGUGAUGAAGAAGAAGGAAAUUACUAUCAGUAUGGGAUGGAUACUGAUGCUAAACGUUCACUUUUCAGAGAGAGAGAAAAUGAUGACAGUGGUCAAGAUGUAGAAUAUCAUCAAGUUUUACCUACGUACUAUGACAGCGAAAAUAAGCAAGAAAAUGUUUUACUACCUUCAUUAUUUCGAGAAAGAUUUCUUACUCGGCCAGAAAUUGAUCAGGUUGUUGAACUGGAGAAUAUGAGACGCUAUGCAGCAAAGGCCAUAGCAAAGCAACUAGAAACUGAUGAGGAAGAAAAACUUGAGAACAAAAGGAAUAAUGAUGAAGAGGAAGAAUAUCUUUCACUCCUUCGUAAUCUAUGGGAAAAGUAUAAAGAAGCAAAACCUCAGCUUGUAGAUUUCGAUGAUCUUACACAAAAUGAUAUUCAGGAAAUACUGUCUUCUUUAAGGAAUGAUGGGUCCAGUUUGCAUAAAAGACAAUAUGGUUAUGGAUCAGGAUUUGAUAUUUUUAAUAAUGCAGGACUUAUGGGUCAGUGGGGAACUGGAGCAAACAAUUUUGCUAAGCGAAAUAAGCAACGUGUAGAAGGUCCUGGCCAACAGGGAGCAAACUUCUUAUACUCUCUAAAGUUUGUGGCUCCAGAGGUAAACCGUGAAGCAGUUGAAACUCUCAAAGAUAAUGAAGGUAUUGAGCUACCUGACGAGCGAGAUGAAGAUGUACUGCGUUUAGCAUCAGGAUUUGCAAGAAAUAACCCUGAAGAAUUGAUGCAAAUAUAUGGCAGACCAGCAACUAUGGAUGAAAUUUACAGUCCAAAUCAGGAAACGUAUCAAACAUUAUCUUUAGAAACACCAGAUAUUGGUUCCAGAGCAACUUCUACAAAACACUUUUCUUCUCUUGCAAGAGAUGUCAAUGAAUACCAGCAACUUUCACCUCCUAACUAUAUGGUGAUUCCAGAAAGGACUUCAAAUAAGAGAUUCAUCUAUGAAGCUAAAAGGAAACGUUAUCCUGUAACAAAACGCAGCUCAAACUUUUAUGCCAGUCCACCUAUGCUGCAUCACAAGUCAUUCAACUCAGAAGGAAUUAAGGACACUAAUAAGAAGAAAAGUUCUCCUAUAACAGGUGUUACAGACCCAAAGGUGGCACAGGAACUAAAUCAAAUAUUUUCAUCAUCUGUUACUCAUGAUGAUUCACCUAAGGCCAGUGAAAAGAAAGUAGAUUCAGGAACUAAUUCAAAGUUGACAACUUCUAACGACCCAAAAGAUCCAAACCACGAGACAACCACAACUCAUUCAGUCACAACAGUGAGUGUGCAAGAAAAUACCCAAAACAAUGACACAGAAACAGGUACCAAAUCUGCCCAUAACAGAACAUCAGGACCUAGAGAAGAGGGUAAUCAUAAAUCACAUGCCCAUGGAACAUCUUUACAUAUGGAAAAAGAAACUGCAGAACCAAUAACAAUGAGUAAGAUCCAAACACCUUUGGAAAUUAAGAAAAAAUCCAUUGAUUGGUCAGAUUAUUUUGGCAUUGACAGAAGACGUAAGAAAACUGCACCUGAGACUGUAGAGACAAAAGAUGGCGAUGGCAACAUGAUUGAUGAUAAUUGGUUACUAAAUCAAUACUACAGAACUCUUGCAAUGGUUUCAAAUCCCUUAAAGAAACGAAUGGUAUCACAUAGUCAUGCAAAUUCUCCUAAUAACAAUGACAAUAAAAGAGACACUGGGAAGCAACAAGCUUACAAUACAGACAUAUUUUCAAGAAGUUCUCAAAGAGAAGCUACCAAGAAGAGUUUGAAUACAAAAGAAGAUACAAGUAUUGACGACAUGGAUACAAAACUUCGAAAUAUGGAAGACCUCAUUGUAAAUGAAGCAGUAAAGUACACAGGUUCACAUGAGGGAACCCAAGAUCCUAAGGAAAUUCAGGAAAUGAAAGAUAAAAUUAUGUCCCGAUUGGCCGCAGCAUAUAGUCUAGAGAAAAUGAGAUUGGCAUUAGCUGAAUUUAAAUCAAGCCUGCAGGCCCAAAUGAUGUCAAAAUAUAAUCCUGCAAAUCUAAAAUCUUCCUUAUCUAAUGAUAAUACUCAGGAAGAGAGUAAAAUGAAGCGAGUGGCUGUGAAAAAGGAAAAAGCUGAAGAUGACAAACAUAAUGAUGAUGGUGAUAAAAAGAAAAAGAGAAAUGGUAUUAAAAACGACGCUGAGGAAGAAACAUCGGGUGAAUUUUUAGAUGGACCAGUUGAUGUGGAGCCAAUGUCAGAAGGUUAUAUGGGAAGAUCUUCCGACGAUUAUGAAACUGGUUGCCCUAUUUUGGAUCAAAUCUUACAAAAGUGCAGAAGUAUUGGUUAUGCAUCUGAAGACCAUAACCAAGUUUUCUUGAGUCUGUGCAGCCUACAUCAAAUUUGUAAUAUUUGUGGACCUGAAGUAGGAGCGCCUUCUUCAUCAGCAUGUGACUUAAUGUUCAUCACAGAGGCUGAUUCAAUUUGUGAAGAGGAAAUUAAAUGCCAGAGAAUGUCUCACCAAAUCUUGACACUCCUGCAUAGAGAAGGACAUGUUACUGAUGGAAAUCAAGUCAUAGAAGCCAUCACACCAACAGAGGGACAUGUUAUCAAUGAAACUGAACAAGGCAAUGAAGAUUUUCAUCAUGCUGCACCAGAGUUUCACAUGCCUGUAUAUUCUGAGAGGACCACUAUAACUAUCCAGCCUCGAAGAACAGAUGAUGACCGUGUCCCAAUGCCAGUGUCUUCAGCAAACUGGCAAACUACCAGCUUCACACAUUUCAUACCAUUGUCAGGACUUGACUUCUUGACUGUAGCUGAUCAGCUGAUUAUACAGCAAACUGUUGAAUUACAAGACAUUUUGGCAACUGUUGAGUCUGAAAAUCGUUAUCUUGUAAAAGUACCACAUGGAGAAAUUCUUUACUAUGCUGCUGAAGCCUCAGAAACAUUACAACGCAUGUUCUGUGGAUCAUCAAGAGGCUUCUACAUGAAAUUAUUUGAUCAGACUCGCCAGCAAGCAAUUUUAUUAAAAAGGAGAUUGGCAUGUGCAAACUGCUGUUGUGGGUGUUACCUGCAGGAAAUGAAGCUGUUUACACCAGGAGGUGUACUACUAGGCUCAGUUGAACAGGAAUGGACAUUGAUUAAUCCUUCAUUCGUUGUGCGAGAUUCUGAUGGGAAUAUUGAAUAUGUCAUAGAAGGUCCACAACAUUUCCCAUGCACUAACUACGAUGGAACAACAUUCAAAGUUCUUAGCCGAGAUGGCCUGACCCAGCUUUCAACAAUUGUUCAUGAAUGGAACAAUUUGACUGGUGAUUUUAACAUAAUAGUGACAUUUCCAACAGAUAAUUUGCAUCCAAAGAUGAAAGCUGUCUUUUUGGGAGCUGGAUUUCUUUUGGAAUAUAUGUUCUUUGAAACAUCAAAACGAACAAACAGGUGUCAGAAAUGGUGCCGAUGAAGGAUAUCAGUUUUUUAUUGCUUUUUCUAUAAGCACCCAAAAGAAACGAUUCAAAUUAAAGUUUUAUACUCGGUGCUGAUUAUGGAUGUAGUAUGUCAUCUGCAGUGUUGUUCAAGAGACUCAACCUUUGGAAAUUCCUUAAAGUUUUCGGAUCUGUCAUAAGAGAAUCUUUUGUACUUUGUGUAAACAUUGUGUACAUUGUGUAAACAAACUACAUAUACAAAAUUUUAGAGUGCUUAGAGGAGACAAAAGCAGACACCUUUGUAUGUGGCAACAAUAUCACAGGUGCACCAUUUACUUAGUGAUCAUGCACAAUGGUACCAAUUCUUGUGAUUUUCAGACAUGGUACCCAAAUUGCGUAUGAUGAAUAUUGUGUUAAGGAUAUUGCUGAAAACAGCAUCCACUUACAUUAAUGCAUAUCUGGUAUCUCCAUGCUAAUGAUUGUCUAAAAUAAUAAAAAACAGGCAUUUCAUGAAUAAUGACUGCAGCUUCAGUGAAGUGGAUGAUCAUCUCAUCUGGAGUGUCUAUUGAAGUGCUGUACACUAUACACUUCACCUCUCCCCACAUAAAGAAAUCAUAAGGAGCACACCAACAUUUCUAAAAAAUAAUAUUCAUCACAUUCAAAACCUUUACUGACACCUAGCAGAAAAAUGGCACACCUGUGACAUAUGUGUUAUAUAAAGAAAGUGUGCGGCCUCUAAAGAACCUAAAACUUGUACAGAGAUUUUUUUUACAUCCUAUAUAUCUGGAAAAACUCAAAGAAACAGUUAUAAAAUUCUAAUUUACUACAUUACAUAUACAACCAAUAUAUUAAGAGUUUUGCUUGGUAUCUAAGCAGUGUAUGUACAAGUUUGUGUAAUACUCAGAUUUGUAGGUGAUGAUACUCUUAUUUUACGUGAUUUAUAUGGUAUUUUAUAAGAAAAAUGUUUCUCUCCAAGCUAGUGAGGUGUCUAAAUAAAGUAAUAUCAGUAAAAACUAAUUAUCAAAGGUAAAAUGUAAUCUCAUGACACAGAUCAAUGUGAAUUAUACUCAGUGGCAAGUUGACAGUACCAUCAUUUAAGCAUAAAUUCUAACCAGUAAAUAUUUUUUUAGCUGGUUUAAUGAUAAACAUAAUAUGAGGUUAUGUUAUCAUAAGGAUAUUAUUUAAAUUAGAUGACUUUGCUGUACCUGUCACUCUGUACAUUAAACAGUUAUAGCACUAGCAUCAUCAUCAGUAUGGCAAAAAACGAUAAAUUUUAGCUUAUAUGGCACACAAAAAAGAAAUAAGGAAAAUCAGAAUUUUCCAUCCUGUUUACAUUGAGGCCCUUACAAAUUUGGCAUUAUCUCAGAUUAUCAAGUGCCUGGAAUUUUACCUGAGCCACUUUGAGAGAUCUAUCCCAGCAUGUAUGUAAUAAAGUGUAAAUCAGUAUAUUUAA